CAAUAGCAAAGAAGAAGGCGUACGAUACGAUUGCUCGGGAACAGGGUAUUCGGGACCUACCUGCCAUUUUCCAAUCUUCAUGAGAACUUGCGGAGAGUACUAUUUUUCUGGUGAUCGAAUAUCAGGUUUAAAAAGAAUUGAUAUCGAUGGUGUUGGAAAGUUUCCUCCAGUUAAUGUACUGUGCAACUUCAGGAAUGACAAAAUUUUAACAAUAGUUGAACACAACUUUGAGGAUAAGUCUGAAGUAAGAUCUGCCGACUGGGGUCCGACGAUAUACAAAUUGCAGUACCGCGAUAUGACUUGAGAUAUUCUGAAGUUCCUUGUAGAUCAUGCUGAUUACUGCGAACAAGCCAUCAAAUACUGGUGUUGGCAGGCUCCCAUUAGUUUUGGCAUCGGAACUAAAUUCACUUCUCCAAGAGGACAAACUAUGAGAUCUGCCAAUAUGACAAACAAUUGUGAUGCUAAUAAAUAUAGUUGGUUAUACGAUGAGGGUGUGUUGAAUGUGAAGAAAUACCUGCCUGUCGUACGCAUGGACUUCUCACAAGAAAAUAACAAAGAACAUACACUUGCCCGAAUGUCCUUGGGUGCACUGCGGUGCAAUGGAAUAAUCGGCUAUACCGGAGGAUACAUCCUUACCUUCCUCAACUCAAAUGCGAUCCUGAAAUUAAAACCAUGGAAAAGGGGAACUUUGAGUUUAUGUUUUCGUACAGCAAGAAAUAAUUCUGUAAUCUUUCACCAACUUCGCUCCAAGACCAACACCAACAAUUUAAUGGCUAAGGUUUACGAUGAUCACACGAUGGAAUUUUCGUAUCGCCAGAAUGGACGAAAAGGUGUCGUACAUCUGAAAACAACGCGUCAGUUGACGGAUCGAGAUUGGCAUUUGAUAACGAUUGAGCAGACUCUAAACACAGUAAGGUUUAGUGUCGACAUGGAAAAUGAAGUAGUCAUGCUUAAAGAAGGAGAGAAGGUGAAAGCGUAUGACGGACCUUUUCUUCUUGGUGGAUCUUUGAGUACUGAGGUUAUGGAUGACCCUAAUGUGCAAGGCGUGGUGGGAUGCAUUGCUGGUUUAAUAAUAAACAACCGGGUGAAGUAUCUCGCUGAUAUUUACACCAUCCAACAGAGUGUUGUACGAGAGGGAAUGGCUGUCGGAUGUAGCACCUUAUGUCAUGAGAACACGUGCAAAUAUGGAGGGCGGUGUAUCGAGCGUUUUACGUCAUAUAAAUGCGUGUGUCUUGAUCGCGCUACCUCUGGCGAGCAUUGUGAAAUCAGUGAGAUUACGUUUAUACUUUAUAGUUUAAGUCAUUUAUGUUAA